UGGUGCUACACUGUGGAUCCAAAUGUCAGCUGGGAAUGCUGCGACAUACCAGCAACCAAUAUGUCGUGCCCUUUAGGAGCAUUUAGAUAUUAUCUCCAUCCUGUUCGAUUAUGGAUGUUGAACUACGAUUGCCUGCUUUCACAGUGGUAUUCAAUCGACAGAAGUACCGAAUGUGCGCAUACACCAUCGCAAUCAAUCGACUUGACGAUGACGUUAGAUGAGUACACCAUUCACGAUCUAGAUGCUCUCACAAUCGCGUUCUAUAUCUAUCCUUACCAAAACUCCAUGGGAAAUAUUGUUGGACUUGGUGGCGAUGAAACGCGACUUCGAAUGGAACAAACACAUUCCAACGGUUAUCUGUACCAAUCUGAGGUGAGUGUAUUCUACGGAGGCCAGCAAUUGACAAGGGCUCAUGUUCUGUUACCUGAAGUUUGGACAUUCGUUGCGUUGACAUUCGAUGGAAAGAACAAAAAUAUCAAAUUGUGGAGGAACGGAGAGAUCGCGAGUAUCGGCUAUACAGAUGUUACCAGUUUAGAAAUGAAUUCCGAAAACACGAUUAUUACGAUUGGUGGUGAUGACGCUGCACUGUACUCUAGAAUUGCUGCGCUUCAGUUGUAUGAUCGGGUAUUGGAUGAGUCAGAAAUAAAGGCUGCCAGGGAUCGACCACUGAAUGGUAACGUAUUAUUCGAGGAAUUAGAGCGUAUGCAAGGCAUUGACGGUCAGGUCCUACACACCGUAGUUGCUAAUUCCCCUAUCGAAUGUUCUCGCAUGUGCGGGGCAAAGAUAUAUUGUAAAGCGUUUGGCUUUAGAAAGUAUGAUAAUGUUUGUGUCUUGUACUCAACAUACGUCCUGUUAUCAACAUCUGCAGUUUCAAGUGGUGUAGAUCAUUUUCGAAAGGUUUACUUUGUAUAAUCAAAGUUUCAGAUUGCUAAUGCAAGCAUCAUUAUUCUGUGUGAUUUUUACGUUAGGUUAUAAUAUUUUCCGGAUUAUCACAUGGUAUGUUGGAAUCAAGGUUACUAAAAGGUAUACUUUCUGCUAAAACAAAAAUUGGAAAAU